AUGAAUUCGUGGUCAUUAGAGAGUGAAACAGAUACAGCAUCAUUUAUCAAUAGCGAACUAGCAAUUGAAAAACUAAAGGAUCUGUUAUUAAAAGAAAAUCAAAUCCAAAAAUAUAACGAUGAAGAUGAUAUUGAUGGGGAAGUAGAUGAUGAAGACGAUAAUGAAGACGAUAAUGAAGAAGAAGAAGAAGAAGAAGAUUUAGAUUACGAAGAGGAUGAUGAAGACGAUUAUGACGAAGAGGAGGAAGAAGAGGAUAAAUUAACAAAUGAAGAAAUAGAGGACGAGGGAGAAGAAGAUGGGGGAGCAGAAGAAGAAGAAAUAGAAGAAGAAUUAUUACCAAUUUCAUCACCAACAUCAUCCACAACAACACCAGAUAUAAUACCAGAAUCAUCAUUGGAUAAAGAAGAUGAUAAACAAAUUUCAACGGAAAAUAACAACAACAAUCAAAAGAAACCAAUAGAUUUAAAUGAACCUGCUUAUUUAGAAUAUGAAUGGGUAUUUUACUAUGACGAUAGUACAUUAAAGGGUCAAAAUUCAGAGGAUUAUCAAUCAUAUAUUAAAAAUUUAGGUUCUUUUAAUACUGUCCAAGGGUUUUGGGAAUAUUGGAAUAAUAUAAUUAAUUCAUCAAUGUUUCCUGAUGGCGCAAAUUUAAGAUUAUUUAAACAGGGUAUAGCACCAAUGUGGGAAGAUCCAUGCAAUGAAAAUGGUGGUAAAUGGACACUAUCAUGUUAUAGAGAACAAUCUCAUAAUAUAGCUUUGAAAUCAUUAUUAGCAUUGAUUGGUGAACAACUAGACCAUUCUCAUGAUAUUUGUGGGUUUGUAUUAUCGGUUAGAGCAAGUAGACAUGUUAUUAGUAUUUGGAAUAAAUCAGGAGAUAAUAAAGAAAUACAUGAUAGAGUGAGUGAACAGUUAAAGGAAUGUGUAUUUGGUAGAGUUUUUAAAUAUUAUCCACAUAAACAAUUUAGUGGUUCUGUACCACAAAGUCCAAUGACACCAUCUGUUAGUUCAAAUAAUCUUUCAAGUUAUAACAAUAACAAUAAUAAUAAUAGUUCAACACCAAUGAAGAGGGAAUAUUCAUCUCCAAUGAUUUCUUCAAAUAAUGGUGGUCAUAACUACAAUAAUAACAACUACAACAACAACAGAUUAUCAAAUUCAUGUAACAUUAAUAGUGAUUCUAAGGAAGAUAACAACAGCAAUAGUAAUAUUGAAAAUAAUAAUAACAAUAAUCAAUGUAAUAGUAAUAAUUUAAUCUCAUCUUUUGAAAAUGAAAAUGAUAGAAAAGAAACAUUUAGACAUAAAAAAAGCCAAUCAACUUCUUCAAUUUAUGGUAGUUCUAUAAAAUCACCUUUAUCAAAUAGUAGCAAUAAUUCAAAUUAUUUUAAUAGUAAUAAUAAUAAUAAUAAUAAUAAUAAUACUAAUAAUAAUAGUAAUUGUAACAAUAAUAAUAAUAAUAAUAAUAAUAAUAAUAAUAAUAAUAAUAAUACACCAUUAAAACUUUCAAGAGAUAAUUCAUAUAAUAACAACAAUAGCAGUUUCAAUAAUAAUGGAAGAUUAAGAAAGGAAAAUUCAAAAUCAAAUAUUUUAUCUUCAAAAGAUAGUAAGCUUGAUGAAAAUAGUAUAGCAGUUCAACAAAAACAACCACAACCACAACCACAAACACAAACACAAACACAACCACAAACACAACCACAACCACAACUACAGCAACAACAAACACCACAAAAGAAAUUAUAUAAGAAUGAAUCAAGGGAUAAAAUAAAUUUCCAUUCAAAUUCAUCUAAACCGCCAUUAAGAGAUAGAAAUAAUAAUCAUACAUUAAAUACUACUCAGUCUGUAAAUGAAACAAUAACAACAUCAUCAUCGUCAUCGUCAUCAUCAUCACCAGCAUCAUCACCAUCAUUAUUACUAUCAUCAUCUACAAAUAUAAAUACACCAAUUGAAUUAGAUGUAAUUAAAAAAGAAGAAAAGAAAGAAAAGAAAGGAGAAAAAGAAGAAAAAGAAGAAAAAGAAGAAAAAGAAGAUGAUAUUAUUAAAAAGAAUGAAACAGAAGAAGAGAGUAUUACAGAUGAGAUUUUAUCAGAUUCAAAUAUUUCAACACCAAUUGGUAGUAAUGUAAAUGAUGAUAUUGAACGUGGUUGUUUAUUCAAUUCGAAUGAAGAGAAAAUUAUUGAUUCAUCACCAAAUGAAAAUGAAGGCUCUGAUAAUUUUACAAUUGAUGAAUUGGUUGAAAAUAUUUCUGAAGUUUCAGAUUUCCACACUGAUGAAUCUUCAUCAGUUUCUUUAAAGAGUGGUUCCAAUUGUAAUCAAAAAUCAAAGAAAAAGAAAUCAAAACAAAAUAAAUCAUCGUCAUCAUCAAAUAAUAUAAAUACAAAUAGUAGUGGUAAAGUUUUAUCAUCACCAUCAUCCUCUUCCAAAGUUAAUUCAAAACCAUCAACAAAUGUUAGAAAGAAUUCAAAAGUUAAUAGUAAAAAUCAAAGUCAUACAAAAGGUAAAUUCUUAUCUUAUGAAAAUGAUAAUUCACUUGGUGAUAAAAAUUCCAGCUUUUUCAAUUCACCAACAUUUAAAUUCUGUAAAGAACAUUUUGUUGUUAUCAUAAUGAUUUUUGCUAUCGUUUCAAUAACAGUUAUAUUACAAAAAUAA